AUGGUGGCCUUCAUCGGAGCUGUCAUCUGUAUCAUCGCUGCCGUUCACACCGGAGCCUCCUCGGCCGCCCUGGCUCAGCCACUGGCGGAUAACCAGUCGCUAGCCCCGGACGCAGGUGCGCAGACCCUGGCACCCGGCGGGAAGGUGCCCGCCCGCGCAGGACCAGUGGACGCUCUCCAUGGUCCUGACUCCAACGGCCGGGAGCUGGGAGGCGGAGAGGCGCCGACCUUUUACACGGUGACUGGCACCACAAUGGGCGGACCCGGAGGGGGCGGUGAACAGGUGAUCUACAGCCGCCUCAUCUGCACCCCCGUCCCCGCCGGCGAGUGCAAGCCCAAAAACUUUCAGCAACAAGCGGACGAUCCGACUCUGUACGCGGGCGAAGACUCGGGCUACCUGCGCACCACGGCGGACCAGCUCCGCCAAACUGUGCUUCAGCAGAAAGACGAGAUCCUCACCGACCAACGCACCAUCCGCGAGCUGACAGGGAAACUGACAGAAUGUGAGCGGGACAUGGGGAUGGCAAAUGGGGAAAGCCCCGGAAAGAGUGCGGCGGCGAUCUGGGGUGGCAAACGAGCCGAGGAUGGCCACAUUAUGGUGAGAGACGAGGCGCCAUCUGAGAUGCUGGCUGCGCGCGCUGUUCAGGAGCUCGAGCAAGCCAUCAAUCAACUCAGGGGCCGCAUUGAGAAGCUGGAGUCGGAGAUGGCUCCCCAGGGCCACAAUCACACAGCCGCCCCCACCAUCGCCACCCCGGGCAGUGGAAGCCCCAUGGCGGUAGCGGUGCAGCAGGCCGGCGUGCCGCCUGCCGCCCCUGGUGGCGGCGCGGGGGAGGUGCAGCAGCAGGUGGAGGAGCUGGAGGGGGAGCUGGAGAGGAAGCUGCAGCAGCUGGAGCAGGAGAGGAGGGCGCUGGGGCAGCACGGCCAGAAACACCGGCAACACAUCGACCAGCACAUAAACACCGUCCACCAACGCCUGGCAGGACUGGAGAGGGACUCUGUGGCUCCACAUGGCUUCAGGCUGUCCUUCCCACCAACGAGCAGCAGCAGUAGAUUCUCAAGCCCUCAUGGCCACGUGUCGGCCCCCACACACAACCGCGUCACGACCCCCUACGCCCGGGCCACGACCCCUGUGCCCCCGCUGCAUGCCCUGACGGCCUGCCUGUGGCUGCGCCCGCUGGGCACGGGGCUGGGCACCCCGCUGUCCUACGCGGUGGCGGGGCAGCCCAACGAGCUGGCACUGCUACUGGGCAAACACCACACACUGGAGCUCAUCAUUAACGAUCAGGUGGCGCUACUGCCAGUGAACAUAUCAGUGGGCGUGUGGCAACACAUGUGCGUGAGCUGGCACAGGAAGGGCGGGCAGUGGAAGGCGUACCAGGGGGGCAGGGUGUGCGGAGAGGGAGCUGGGGUGUCGCCCGGACACACCAUCCGACCCGGAGGAACGCUCAUCCUGGGACAGGAGCAGGAUGUAGUGGGGGGAGGUUUCGACGCCAGCCAGGCUCUGCAGGGCGAGCUGUCCCAGCUGAACGUGUGGGACCGGGCGCUGCGGCCGGCCGAGGUGUCCGCCCUGGCCCACUGCACUCAGGGGCUGCUGGGUAACGUAGUUCCCUGGAGGGAGCAGCACCUGGAGGCAUUGGGCGGAGCCACCAAGGACCCCGGGGAGCCGUGCGCUGCCCUGCGUCCCAGUGCCAAGCAGUGAAGCUGGGCCGGGGAGAGGGUGUCCAUGGGACCAAGCCAGCAACCUGUUUAGACCGGAGUUGUUGCUGAUUAUUUAUUUAUGUUUUUAAUGGAGAGGUCUCAUUGAUUAUUUGUUAAAUUAUUUAGUCAGGAGAGGUCUCUGUCGAUUGCCGUAGCCCAGCCAUUCUCAAACUUCAGAACACCAAGACCCACUUUGAAAUGUGAAAAAAAUUAUGGGGCCCACCAAACCAUUGGCCUAUAGCCCGGCGUAGCCCUUUCACACUCCCCGGCCUUCCUCCUGUCUCUGUCAGGGUAUCCUGCUAGCCCGGUAGACUUACAGUCGGACAUCCAGUCAUUUGUCAACUUUUCACCGAUAAUCAGGCGGCAGCCAUAUUUAUUUUGGGGAAAUUAUGCUGUGUCACUAAUGCAUGCUAAUGUAAUAGUACAAAAUAAAGUAAGUGUUUCCCCAUUUCAAAAUGUCUGCGGCUCUGCAACGAGACUUGAUAUCAUGCCGACUUACAUAAUAUACAACCGCUCUCACCUCUCUCUAAUAACCAAUGGCCCAUAGACUACAGGAUGAUAAUAAUAAAAACAACAACAAUAAUAAUAGUAGUAAUAAUAACGUUAAUAAUACUAUAAUAAUGGUAAUAUUAGAAGCGCCUUAAAGAACACUCAAGGAUUCUGUACAGAGGUAAAACAACAGUAAUAAAACAGGACUCAG